CGAGCGUCAGUCUUGGCUCGGCCCGGGAGCUGUGCGCACAGGGGUGUCAGUUAUGGAGCUGUAGGAGCGCCGCCGAGCUUUCGCCCAAUCCAAGACUGAUCACAGUCACUCUGGUGUAGACUCACAGAGAGCGAUCGAACUGGGCCAGCGCCACCCGACCGAUUUACGCUGGAUUUAACAACGCGCCACGGAACUUUGGAGCUUCUUUCUGAACGCGCACUUAAGAGUGUUAUGAAACGGGAAAACAUAUUUACACUUUGAAAACCGGAGAGGAUCGUUGAAGCGAUCUGUAAGGUUCUUCCGAAGCUCUUGAAAGAUCCGGAGCGCGCAACAUUUCCACGCGCGUUUGGACAGAUCUGCGUCUGUCUUUACGCGUGUUCGCUGCUGUUUCUGAUUCGCCUCUGCUGUGUUGUAGUCCCGUUAGGACGGAAAUCAAAAGCUGGUAUAAGGCACGGUGUAACCCACGGGCUGACAGACACUAGUUCAAUCCUCACUGGUGCGCGUGGAUCUCAUUCCUCAUCCAGAAAGACACCAUGAACCCAGCGUAUACUCAGCUGACAUUUCAGCUGGAUCUGAGCGGCUGUUGAGAGUUCCUGCAGACUCCAACUACUAAAAGAGGAGAAACUCGUCCAGUGUUUGAGAACUGUGGUGUGGAGUGGAUGUGGACUAUGACAGAAUGAGUCCUCUAACACAUCUUUUGCUCUGUGGAUUAGUAUACUUUAACCAAGUAGAUGGAUCCCGUCUACGGCAGGAAGAUUCUCCACCUCGGAUCGUAGAACACCCCUCCGAUCUAAUUGUAUCUAAGGGUGAGCCAGCCACCCUAAACUGCAAGGCAGAAGGGCGUCCCACCCCUACUGUGGAGUGGUACAAAGAUGGAGAACGGGUUGAGACCGAUAAAGAUGACCCUCGAUCUCACCGCAUGCUCCUGCCCAGUGGCUCACUCUUCUUCCUGCGUAUCGUACAUGGCCGUCGAAGCAAACCUGAUGAGGGGGCAUACGUUUGUGUAGCACGAAACUACUUGGGGGAAGCAGUCAGUCGAAACGCCUCACUGGAAGUAGCAUUGUUACGUGAUGAUUUCAGACAGAACCCUACAGAUGUGGUGGUGGCUGCUGGAGAGCCGGCCAUCUUGGAGUGCGUUCCUCCUCGUGGACACCCGGAGCCUACCAUCUACUGGAAGAAAGACAAAGUACGAAUCGAUGAGAAGGAUGACAGGAUCAAGAUCCGUGGAGGGAAGCUGAUGAUCUCCAACACGAGGAAGAGCGAUGCUGGCAUGUACAUCUGUGUGGGCACCAAUAUGGUCGGUGAGAGAGACAGUGAGACAGCCCAGGUCACUGUGUUUGAGAGACCUACUUUCCUACGCCGGCCCAUUAACCAGGUGGUUCUGGAGGAGGAGGCGGUGGAGUUUCGCUGUCAGGUGCAGGGAGACCCGCAACCUACUGUUCGCUGGAAAAAAGAUGAAAUUGACAUCCCCCGUGGGAGGUAUGAUAUUAAAUAUGAUAAAGAUGACUAUGUGCUGAGGAUAAAGAAGGCAGCAGCGAGCGAUGAAGGAACCUUCACCUGUGUAGCUGAGAACAGAGUUGGCAAAACGGAGGCGUCUGCCACCCUCACGGUCAGAGCUCGCCCUGUUGCCGCACCGCAGUUCGUGAUCAGGCCGCGGGAUCAGAUUGUGGCGCAGGGACGGACCGCCAGUUUCCCCUGUGAGACCAAAGGUAACCCACAGCCAGCGGUCUUCUGGCAGAAAGAAGGAAGUCAGAACCUCCUGUUUCCAAAUCAACCGCAGCAGCCCAACAGUCGGUUCUCAGUGUCGCCCAGUGGAGAUCUGACCAUCACAGCGGUCCAGCGGGCAGACGCGGGAUACUACAUCUGCCAGGCCCUGACGGUGGCAGGCAGCAUCCUGGCCAAAGCACAGCUUGAGGUCACAGACGUGUUGAGCGAUCGUCCUCCCCCCAUCAUCCGGCAGGGUCCAGCUAACCAGACUCUGGGUGUAGAUAGUGUGGCUCUUCUGAGGUGCCAUGGGUCUGGAGAACCGGUCCCAACCAUCAGCUGGCUGAAGGAUGGGGUCAGUCUGCUGGGCAAAGACCCUCGCAUGUCCCUGCAGGACCUCGGCAGCCUGCAGAUCAAGGGUUUGCGGCUCUCUGAUUCUGGUAUCUAUACUUGUGUGGCAGCAAGUUCUAGUGGGGAAACAUCUUGGAGUGCUUUCUUGGAAGUCAAAGAGUCUGGAAGUCUUGUUAUAGUUAAAGACCGGGAUGAAAACGAGCUCCCAGGUCCUCCUUCCAAACCUCAGGUCACCGACGUCACCAAAAACAGUGUGUCAUUGUCCUGGCAGCCUGGCCUUCCUGGAGCGUCACCCAUCUCGUCAUAUGUUAUUGAGGCUUUCAGCCAAUCGGUGAGCAACAGCUGGCAGACUGUGGCCGAUCAUGUCAAGACCACGCAGUACACUAUCAAGGGUCUUCGCCCCAACACCAUCUACUUGUUCAUGGUGCGAGCAGUCAACAUCCAAGGCCUGAGUGACCCGAGCCCCAUGUCCGAACCCGUCCGCACUCAAGAUGUAAGUCCUCCAGCUCAGGGAGUGGAUCACAGACACGUGCAGAAGGAGUUGGGUGAAGUUAUUGUGCGGCUACACAAUCCUGUGGUCCUCAGCCCCACCACCAUACAGGUCACAUGGACGGUUGACCGCCAGUCUCAGUUCAUCCAGGGCUACAGGGUUUUGUACAGGCAGAUGUCAGGGCUGUCCUCCCCUGGAGCCUGGCAGAGCCAGGAUGUGAAGGUCCCCUCUGAGAGGAGCAUGGUGCUCUCGGCUCUGAAGAAAGGCAUCGUCUACGAGAUCAAAGUCCGUCCAUACUUCAACGAGUUCCAGGGCAUGGACAGCGAGUCCCGAACGGCAAGAACAACAGAGGAAGCACCCAGUGCUCCUCCUCAGCAAGUGACGGUCCUCACAGUGGGUAGUCAAAACAGCACAUCCAUCAGUAUCUCAUGGGACCCUCCUCCUGCAGAACAUCAGAACGGCAUCAUCCAGGAAUAUAAGAUCUGGUGUUUAGGGAACGAGACCCGUUUCCAUGUAAAUAAGACAGUGGACGCAGCCAUCCGCUCAGUGGUGGUGGGGGGUCUCCAGGCGGGGGUCCAGUACCGGGUGGAGGUGGCCGCCAGCACCAGCGCAGGGGUGGGGGUGAAGAGUGAACCACAAACCAUCAUUAUUGGUAAAGACUUCCGGGAUGUGAUCAUGAGCAGAAACAACAGCAUCUCGGAGCAGAUCACAGAUGUGGUGAAGCAGCCGGCCUUCAUCGCGGGCAUCGGAGGGGCCUGCUGGGUCAUUCUGAUGGGCUUCAGCAUCUGGCUCUACUGGAGGAGAAAGAAGAGAAAGGGUCUCAGCAAUUACGCAGUGACGUUCCAGCGUGUUGAUGGAGGCUUGAUGAGCAACGGGAGUCGUCCUGGUCUGCUGAAUGCCAGUGAUUCGGGCUACCCAUGGCUCGCCGACUCCUGGCCGGCCACCAGUCUGCCUGUUAACGGCGGUUCUGGAGGACCCAAUGACCUCAGCAACUUCGGCCGUGGAGACGUGAUGCCCAGUGCCCAGGCCGAUAAGACAGGCACCAUGCUUUCAGACGGAGCCAUUUACAGCAGCAUUGACUUCACAACCAAAGGUGGGUUUGGCAGUCCAAGCCCCGCCUCCCAGGCCACGCCCUACGCCACCACCCAGAUCCUCCACUCCAACAGCAUUCACGAGCUGGCCGUUGAUCUGCCCGAGGCCCAGUGGAAGACCGCACUACAGGCCAAGCAGGAGAUGGCCAACCUGGGCUACUCACUGCCAGACAAGAACUCCUGCAACAACAGUGGGAAAGGCGGAAAGAAGAAGAAGACCAAAGCAAACGCCAAGCCCACCAAGAUGAAUGGCUCCAACUGGGCUAAUGUUCCACUCCCUCCCCCUCCUGUCCACCCUCUUCCAGGCACAGAGAUGGACCACUAUGCCUCAGAGCACCAUGAUGGAGUAGGAUAUGAUAGUGAUGGUUGGGGCCCACCCUUGCCAGUGCAGACGUACCUCCAUCAGGGUUUAGAAGAUGAGCUGGAGGAAGAGGAUGAACGGGUGCCCACGCCUCCAAUAAGGGGCGUGGCCUCCUCCCCUGCAGCAGUUUCCUUUGGCAAACAGUCCACAGCCACACUGAGCCCAUCCCCACGUGAAGAAAUACAGCCCAUGCUCCAAGCCCACUUAGAUGAGCUAACCCGCGCUUACCAGUUGGACAUGGCUAAACAGAACUGGCACAUACAGGGUGGGCCUUAUCCACCGCAGGCCCCCACGCCACCCGUGGGUUAUGUCUCCAGCACCCUAGUGUCCGAUAUUGAGACAGACCUCCCUGAUGAAGACGAUGAUGAGGAGGAGGAUGAAGGAUAUGAGAUGUCACCACAAGUUAGGGGUAUCGAACACACACCAGGCUCCAGCAUGGACAACUUAGACAGUUCUGUUACAGGCUCUAUGGUGAACGGUUGGGGCUCGGCUUCAGAAGAUGAUGACAGAAACUUCUCCAGCAGAAGAUCUAGUGCCGGCAGCUCCUCUGACGGCUCACUCUUCACCCAUUGCAACUUUGCACAAGCCCUGGUGGCGGCCGCAGACAAGGCUGGUUACCGUCUGGACGGCACAAGUUUGAGUAAGAGAGAUAAAGGUCUACCUCAUAGACCCCGUCCCGCUAGCCCAUUCUCCACAGAUGGAAGCACGGUGGGCACACACAGCCUUGGUCACCAGCGGGCAGCAAGGCCCACCCGCAAACACAAAGGCCCUGGCACUGCCCCGCACCGCCGUGAUGCCAGCGCUGAUGAUCUGCCUCCACCACCAGCGCCUCCACCCUGCCAGACAACUCGUGUCCAGGGGGCGUGGAACUUGCCCAACCCCUCUGACCGCAAGGCUUCCUCCUUGGAGAGGCAACCCAUGAUGGGCCUAGAGGAGAUGAAGAUUUCCUUGGACUGGCAGGCCCGAACCUCACUGGAGCGCAACCAACAGGCCCAUGAUAGACUGGGAUCUAUAGAUAGAGGAGAAGAGAGCAAAAGAGGACAGAAAAUUUGUCCUGUUUCAGAAGAGGCCAUAUUUCCAUACAACAAACCAUCAUUCCCAUCUCCUGGGAGCAACAGCUCAUCUGGGACGGCCUCUUCUAAAGGGUCAACGGGUCCUCGUAAAGGUGAAGGGACGAGGGGACAGCACCAGCGUUCCACCACGGAGCAGGGUGAAAGCAGCUACAUGGGGACCAACGCGCAGUACUCUGGAGAGUUAUAGUGAGCCUUUUUGAUGGAAACUGAAGGAUGCCUUUAUCUGUUCUGGAAAUGCUUCACCUGCUCGGUGCAAUGGACUCAUGAAGCAUCGGAAGGAAGGAGGAAAAAAAUAUGAAAAGGACAAACUGUAAAUGUGAUGUAAAGCUGGACAUGCAACCCACAAGAUGCGCAACAUCCCUCACCUUCCUCAAACUAUUCAUUCACAGAAAAAAGAAAAAUGUUGAGGACAAAAAAAAAAAAAAAAAAUGAUGGAAGGCCUGAGAUCUGAGUUGCCCCCACUUUGGUGAACUUGUGAAAAGGAAAUCAAGUUUCCUGUAAAUAUAUUCUUGACAUCGGAGAUUGAAAAUGACAUUAUUGUUAUUGCAUUGCUAUGCAAGCCCAGUUCUGUUUCUGCGCUCUCCUCCCUCUUACGGUGUUGGUCGUUUGUACGAUAUGUGAAUUGAUGGGCUGUGGUGCCAUAGAAAUUAUGUUGUCAUCCAACAUUUGUUAAUACUUCUCAUUUAUUAAUUGAUGUCAUUAUAAUAAUUAUUAUAAUUAAUUAUUUUCUUUUGCACUGCAAUUUUGGUGAUAAGCACAAAACCAUAGCUCCUGCUGACAUGAAGAAUUGGAGGAAAGGAAAUGAGAAGGGGAGUUUCUGUACUGUAACUAGAGAGAAGAAAAUAUAUAACCAUGUACAGAGAUAUAUUAAGAUAUGCCUGCAUCUAUGCCGGCGGAA